UUGGUGCGCGCCCGGGAUCUGAACCCCGGGCCGCCAGCAGUGGAGCGCGCGCACUCAACCGCCAAGCCACGGGGCCGGCCCCAAAGUUGUUUUCUUAAAAGAUAAAUAAAGUUGGUAAAUCCUUGGCAAGACUGGUUUUUUAAAAAGGUAAAAGGAUAAGUAUCAUGAACAACUUUAUGCCAAUAAAUUUAAUAAUUUAGAGGAAAUGGUGAAAUUCCUUGAAAAGCACAACUUACCAAAACUGAUUCAGGAUGAAAUAAAAAAUCAGAAUAGCCUUAUAUCUAGUAAAGAAAUGGAAUCAAUAUAAACAAUUUUCAAACAAAGAAAACUCCAAGCCCAAAUGUUUUCAUUGGUGGAUUCUGUUAAACAUUUAAGGAAGAAAUGAUAUCAGCCUUACACAAACUCUUGUCUCAUGAGGCCAGUAUAACCCUGACAUUAUAAGAAAAGAAAAUUACAGACCAAUAUCCCUAUGAACAUUGAUACAAAAAUAUUAGUAAAUUGAAUCCGGAAAUAUAUAAAAAAGGAUGCUACAUCAUGACCAAAUGGGAUUUAUUCCAUGAAUUCUAGGUUGGUUCAAUAUUCACAAAUCAGUCAAUGAAAUUCAGUAUAUUAACAGAAUAUAUGAUCACCUCAAUAGAUGGAGAAAACAACGUUUGAAAAAUUCAACACCCCUUCAGGAUAAAAACUCUGAGCAAACCAGGAAAAAAAGAGAACAUCAAUCUGAUAAAGGGCAUCUAAGAAAAACCUACAGCCAACAUUGUAAUUAAAGUAAAACAUUGAUCGUUUGCCUGCUGAGAUUAGUAAUAAGGUCAGGGUGUCAACUCUUGGCACUUGAUUCAAUUUUCUAUUGAAGGCCGUAGGGGGUACAAGAAGGAAAGGAAACGAAAGGCAAAGAUUAGAAAGGAAGAAGUAAAAAUCAUGUGUUCCACAAAUGACACGAUUGUUAAACUAGAAAAAUUUAGGGAAUCCACAGAACAAUUACUAGAACUAAUAAGAGCAUUUAGCAGUGUUGCAUAAUACCAGGUCAGGAAGCAAAAAUCAGUUGUGUUUCUGUACAAUUUGAAAAUGAAACUAGUAACAAACAGUUUGAAAAUGAAACUUUAAAAACAAUUCCAUUUACAGUAGCAUCAAAGAACAUAAAAUAGUUAAUAAUUUAACAGACAUGUAUAUAAGACCUGUACUCUAAAAACUAUGAAAUAUUGCUGAGAGAAAUUAAGGAAGACCUAAAUAAAUGAAAAGACACGUUCAUGGAUUCAAAGACUCAGUAUUGUUAAGAUGUCAGUUCUUCCCACGUUCCUCUAUAGGUUCAAUGCAAUCCUGAGCAAAAUCCCAAUAGGCACUUUUUGUUUUGUAGGAAUUGACAAGUUGAUUCUUAUUCCACAGUGAAAUGCAGAGAUCCUGGAAUAGCCAAUACAAUCUUUACAGAGAAGAGUAAAGCAGUAUCAGCACAUAGAUAAAUGGAACACAGUCGAGUUAGAAAUAGACCUGUACACAUACAGUCAAUAGAUUUUUUGACAAAGAUGUCAAAGCUAUUUGAUGGGAGAAGGAGGAGUUUUCAACAAAUGAAACAAUUUGUGCUGCAACAAUUAUAAGUAUGGAAAUAAUGAAACCUUGACCUCUACUUCACACUACAACAAAAUUGAGAUGAUCAUAGGCCUAAACGUAAAAGCUAAAAACACAAAGACCCUAAAGGAAAACACAGAACACCCUCAUGACCUUGGAGUAGGCAAACAUUUAUCAGAGGACACAAAAAGCAGAAAACAAAAGAAAAAACUGAUAAAUUAGAUCCCACCAAAAUAAACUGCUCGAGACACCUUUAAGAAAAUGAAAUGGUAAGUCACAGAUUGAGAGAAGAUAUUUAGAGUUUAUAUAUUUGACAAUGGGCUUGUAUCCAGAAAAAAUAAAAAGCUGGUAAAUCUAUAAUACAAAGAGAACCAACUUAAGCAGGCAAAAGAUUGGAGCAGCUGCUUCACAAACGAUCUAUGAAUGGCCAAUAAGUACAUGCAAAUGUGCCCAACAUCAUUAAUUAAUUGGAGAAUCAAAAUUAAAACCACAAUAACACACCGUUUCACACCGACCAAGACGGCAAAGAAACAAACAAACAAACUGACCAAUGUGUAUUUACUGGACGUGUGUCUCCUGGAGCUCUCUUACAGUCUGGGUGGGAAUGCAAAAUGGUAUGGCCAUUUUGGAAAACAGGUGGCAGUUUCUGUGAAGUUAAACAUGCACUUUCCAUAGGACCCACACACCUGGGGCAAGUGGUUACACCCCUAUACAUUUUUCGAAACUCAUGGAAUUGUACAUUUAAUUAAAAUCUGUGCAUUUUAUUGUAUCUAAACUUCACCGCUAUAAAAACAAAACAAAAAGUAAGACAAAAUGAAAACCACAAAACAAUGCCCAGGGGUCCUCUUGGGUCCCCCGGGGUCGGCGCCCGCGCAGGGCUGGAAAUCCGGCCGCGGGGGAGUGGAGGAAACCGCGGGAGGCGCGGCCGGGGAGCCUGCGCGCUGCGCCGCCGCUGGUUGCAGUUUCGAUUUUUCCUCCCCAGCGAAGGUUCCCCGGCAGCUCCUCCUCCGGGCGCGGGCUCCGUUUCCCCGCAAGUCCCUCCUGCCUCCCGCCGCCUUUAAAGGGAGCGCGGCGCGGGCGCAGCGGGGCCCUCGCGGGGAGCAGAGCCGCCGCAAUGACGGCCGAGCAGCGCCGGAACCUGCACGCCUUCCAGGACUAUGUCAGGAAGACCCUGGACCCCACCCACAUCCUGAGCUACAUGGCCCCCUGGUUGAGGGACGAUAUGGUGCAGUGUAUUCAGGCUGAGAAAAACAAUAGAGGCACGAUGGAGGCUGCCUCACUCUUUCUUAGGUUCCUCUUGGAGCUCCAGGAGGAAGGCUGGUUCCGUGGCUUUUUGGACGCCCUUGACCAAGCAGGUUAUUCUGGACUUUAUGAAGCCAUUGAAAGUUGGGAUUUCCAAAAAAUUGAAAAGUUGGAGGAGCAUAGAGCACUUUUAAGGCGUUUACAACCAGAAUUUAAAACCAGAAUUAAUCCGAAAGAUAUCCUUCCUGAAAUAUCUGAAUGUUUAAUUAAUCAGGAAUGUGAAGAAAUUAUACAGGUUUGUUCCAACAAGGGGCUGAUGGCAGGUGCAGAGAAAAUGGUUGAAUGCCUUCUCAGAUCAGACAAGGAGAACUGGCCCAAAACUUUGAAACUUGCUUUGGAGAAAGAAGAGAGCAAGUUCAGUGAGCUGUGGCUUGUAGAGCAAGGUUCAAAAGGUGUUGAACCUGAAGAUCUUGAGAAUGAGGAAAUGGAAACUUCUGACAUACAGAUUUUCUACAAGGAGGAGCCAGACUACCAGAAUCUUAGUCAGAAUUCAAGUCCACCUUCAGAAGUGUCUCAUACUUACAGCCCAUUGAAGCCAAGAAAUUACCAACUAGAACUCGCUUUGCCUGCUAAGGAGGGAAAAAACACAAUCAUAUGUGCUCCUACUGGUUGUGGAAAAACCUUUGUUUCACUUCUUAUAUGUGAACAUCAUCUUAAAAAAUUUCCGCAAGGACAGAAGGGGAAGGUGGUCUUUUUCGCUAUUCAAGUCCCAGUGUAUGAACAGCAGAAAUCUGUGUUCUCAAAAUAUUUUGAAAGACAUGGGUACAAAGUCGCAGGCAUUUCUGGAGCAACAUCUGAGAAUGUCUCAGUGGAACAGAUUGUUGAGAACAAUGACAUCAUCAUUUUAACUCCACAGAUUCUUGUGAACAGCCUUAAGAGUGGGACGAUUCCGUCACUCUCUGUCUUCACUUUGAUGAUAUUUGAUGAAUGCCACAACACCAGUAAACACCAUCCUUACAAUAUGAUCAUGUUUAAUUAUCUAGAUCAGAAACUUGGAGGAUCUUCAGAUCUGCUGCCCCAGGUCGUUGGGCUGACGGCCUCCGUUGGUGUUGGAGAUGCCAAAAACACAGCUGAAGCCAUGGAAUAUAUCUGCAAACUGUGCGCAUCUCUCGACACGUCAGUGAUCUCAACCGUCAAAGAGAACCUGCAGGAGCUGACGGAAGUUGUUUAUAAGCCUGAGAAGGAUUUCAGGAAAGUGGAAUCGUGGACCACCAACAGCUUUAAAUACAUCAUAUCUCAGCUGAUGAGGGAGACACAGAGUCUGGCAAAGAGUAUCUUGGACGAACUCGGCACCACCACUGUCGAAAACUUAUCUCACAUUCAAAAUCGGGAUUUUGGAACACAGAAAUAUGAACAAUGGAUUAUUGCGGUUCAGAAAGCGUGCGUGGUGUUUCAGCUGCCUGACAAAGCUGAAGAGAGCAGGAUUUGUAAAGCGCUGUUUCUGUACACGUCUCAUCUGCGGAAAUAUAACGAUGCCCUCAUUAUCAGUGAGCAUGCACGAAUAAAAGAUGCUCUGGAUUACUUGAAAGACUUCUUCAAUAAUGUCCGCGCCGCAGGAUUUGAUGAGACUGAGCAAGAUCUCACUAGAAGAUUUGAAGAAAAGCUGCAGGAACUAGAAAGUGUUUCCAUGGAUCCCAGCAACGAGAACCCUAAGCUCCAAGACCUCUGCUUCAUCUUGCAAGAGGAGUACCACUUAAACCCGGAGACUAGAACCAUUCUCUUUGUGAAAACCAGGGCCCUUGUGGAUGCUUUAAAGAAAUGGAUUGAAGAAAAUCCUAAACUGAGUUUUCUAAGACCUGGCAUAUUGACUGGACGUGGCAAAACAAGUAGUAACACAGGAAUGACCCUCCCGGCACAGAAGUGUGCAUUGGAUGCCUUCAGAACCGAUGGAGAUAACAGGAUUCUGAUCGCCACCUCAGUUGCUGAUGAAGGCAUCGACAUUGCUCAGUGCAAUCUGGUCAUCCUGUAUGAGUACGUGGGCAAUGUCAUCAAAAUGAUCCAAACCAGAGGCAGAGGAAGAGCAAAAGGUAGCAAGUGCCUCCUUCUGACUAGUGAUGCUGAUGUAAUUGAAAAGGAGAAAAUAAACAUGUACAAAGAAAAAAUGAUGAAUGACUCCAUUUUAAACCUUCAGGCAUGGAAUGAAGCAGUAUUUAAAGAAAAGAUUCACCAGAUACAAAUUCAUGAAAAAUUCAUCAGAGAUAGUCAAGGAAAAGCAAAACCUGUACUUGAUAAGAAAAAUAAAAAACUGCUCUGCAGAAAGUGCAAAGCCUUUGCAUGUUAUACGGCCGACAUAAGGGUGGUGGAGGAAUGCCAUUACACUGUGGUUGGAGAUGCUUUCAAGGAAUGCUUUGUGUGUAAAAAACACCCCAAACCAAAGAGCUUUGGGAGUUUUGAGAAGAGAGCAAAGAUAUUCUGUGCCGGAGAGAACUGCAGCCAUGACUGGGGAAUCUAUGUGAAGUAUAGGGCAUUUGAGAUUCCAGUUAUAAAAAUUGAAAGUUUUGUGGUGGAGGAUAUUGCAACCGGAGUUCAGACACUGUAUGCAAAGUGGAAGGACUUUCAUUUUGAGAAAAUACCGUUCGAUGCUGCAGAAAUGCCCCAAUGACCUGACGACCUCAGUCUUCAGCUACAGGGAAGGGGUGACCUGAGUGAAGAAGAAAUUAGCUCCAGUGGGUAAAUCAUGAAUUGCUUGUACCACCAUGAAGAUGUUUUACCUGAAGCUUGUACCACACUGAAUGUUUAUUACUGAACUUCACCUUCUGUGUGUUAAUUUCAACAGUUUGUAGUCCAUCAUACAUGUAAAGCACAAGGGAGGGAACCACAGCCCCAAAUGCUCUUACGCCAAUAGAGCUUUAAGUACUGGGGAAAAGUUACAAAGCCUGAACUUCCGUUUCUAUCCUUCCCUUCAGAACCAACUGCCAGUGUGUACCCAGUAGCCACUCAGUACACACUGGAAUAAAUGAAUGAAUGAAUGUUGAAAGGGUUUUCCUGACUUCCAUUUCUUUCCUGAACCUAUGGUACACUGGCUUUUGCCCUUAAUAAUCUACUGCAGUUGUUCUUGUCAAGGUCACCAGUGACUCUGUUGCCAAAUCCAUUGGGCGCUUCUUUGGCCUUCUCUCCUUCGACCUCUUUGCUCCUGGUGAGUACUCUUUCCUUGGAACUCCCUCUUGGCUUCAUCUUUUCCGGUUCUAUCCCAGUCUUUUCUAUUGGUUCCUUUUUACUGAUCCCUUAAAUGUGGAUAAUUCCAAGGGUUCAAUAUAUAUACAUAUACAUACGUGUAAUAGUUACAUACGGUCGUGUUCUCUGUGUAGCAAUGUGUGGCAUGUAAUCUUAAAAUUCUGUAGUGGACAACUUUUAGUAAUGGGGGCAUGUAAGUGAUACAGUACUGCUUGAGAAGUUGAUUUCUGUUCUUUUAGGUUAUUGUACAUCUUGCCCUAUUAAUUUGCUUUCUUAACCUGUGCCAUCAUUCCCUUUGAAUGGUCAUCUCAGGCCAUUUUCCAACAAUAGUGGGUGGCGAACAUUUGGACUGUGUUCUCAGUUAGGUCCCUUGGAUGAUACUGAUGAGGCAGUUUCAUUUGCUGUCCUUUCUAUUUACAAAAUUAGAAUACAUAUCCGGAUGACUUUCCAGUGUCACUUAACAAGGUUUGCUGAUGCUCCAGAGCUUAGUUUGGGGUUUUCUAGACACGGAGACAGCUGCCUGAGUUCUGCUGUUUCCAUCCAGGCCAAGGUAUUUUGUGUUCAAUUCCAGGUAGGCUCUAGAGUGAUUUAAGCAUCUUCCUAAAACAGACUCAGAUUAGUUGUUUGUAAUUCACCAGGACCAUCAAUGGCCUAAACAAACCUCCAAACAUCAUAAAAUGUUAAUAAUAUGUUCAACAUAUGUGAUUGCAUAACUCUUUUCAAGUGGCACCUAUUUACAUCUUUGGUGUCCAAGAGACCACCCAUGCUACCCAAAUCAACCCCAGAGAUCAGUAGGGUGACAUGCUACAGCCACCUCCCUCUCCAUUUCAUCUGGCUGAGAAUUGGAGAACCUGCCAGUUACAUAACUUCUCCUUGGCUUAAUUUUCUUCAUCUGUAAAACAAGGAUAAUACAUAACUCUAAGGGUUAGUAGAGGGUUUUAACUGAAAUGUGUGAAAAGUACAUGAUAUAUACAGUGGUUGCUUGAUAAUGGUUAUUACUAGAAGUAGUCUUAGUAAGACUCAAUUAAAAUGGAUUAUUAAAGCCAA